UGGACUGAGGCUAGCUGGCUCUGCUGCAGGUUCGUAGUAACUUAAAAAUUCAAGAGUAUGACAAAUUAAGAGCUCGUUUUAACAUCUCGUAAAACUCGUACCAACAACUUUGUGUGGAUUUAAGAGUCGUUGCCAUAUCAACGGCGUAGUUUAACCUGCUCCAGCAAGGUAGCAGCUAAUGCUAGCCUCCAAAUAGCCGUCCACGCGCGAUUAUCUUAAAUCCACUUUUGGUAUAUAUUUCUCUUUACACACACGCAUAGUGUACACCUCAACUGUAGUAGUAUCCGUUAAAAGCAAACGGAUACAAGUUGGAUUGUUCCUUGAGUGGCACCAUGGCUGGAGCUAACCGAGGACAAGCUACCGCGGCUAGCGAGCUCCACAACCAGGAGAAUAUGCUGUCGAGACUGAGGGGAUCCGCGAAGCCCAGAGCCGCUCCCUGCGAGAACCAAGAGAACCUUCCCCCGAAACAAGCCACCGUCGGCGGCAGAACCGUCCUGGGAGCCCUGCAGAACAACCUCCGGAGCAAGACUCAGAACCAGCGCGGCACCAAACAGGAGUCGUCACAGACCUUGUCGUGCAAAAAUGAAGACUUGGGCAAAAGCUGCUCGGAGAAGCCCUCCGCCAAGCAGCCCGCUUUCCAGAUCCACGUGGACGAGCUCGAUGGCGCCUGCGUCAAGAAGCCACAGCUGGUCAAAGCCAAGGCCAACUCUGACACGAUUAACGCGGUGGCAAAGCGCCGACAGCCCCUGGCCACCAUCGAUAUGGAUCUCAGCUUUGACUCUCCAAUGGACAUGUCUGUGGUUGAGGGGGGGGAAAAACCAGUGGAUGCAAAUGAGGUUCAAGAGUAUGCCGCUGAAAUCCACACAUACCUGAGGGACGUGGAGGUAAAAACGAGACCCAAAGCCGGCUACAUGAAGAAGCAGCCUGACAUCACCAACAGCAUGAGGGCCAUCCUGGUGGACUGGCUGGUGGAGGUCGGAGAGGAGUACAAGCUCCAGAAUGAGACUCUUUACCUGGCCGUCAACUACAUCGACCGCUUCCUCUCCUCCAUGUCUGUCCUGAGGGGGAAACUCCAGCUGGUUGGGACGGCUGCCAUGCUGUUGGCUUCGAAAUUUGAGGAGAUCUAUCCUCCGGAGGUGGCGGAGUUUGUUUACAUCACAGAUGAUACCUACACCAAGAAGCAAGUGUUAAGAAUGGAGCAGCUGGUGCUUAAAGUGCUCUCCUUUGACCUGGCGGCACCGACCAUCACCCAGUUCCUCACCCAGUACUUCCUUCAUCAUUCUGUCAACAAACAGGUGGAGAGCCUGUCGAUGUACCUCGCCGAGCUCAGUCUGGUCGAGUCUGAUCCCUUCCUGAAGUACCUCCCAUCGCAUACAGCUGCUGCAGCCUACACUCUGGCGAACCACACUGUGACUGGCGGCUCAUGGCCCAAGUCCAUGACGGAGAUGACCGGCUACUCGCUCGAGGAGCUGAUGCCGUGCGUCGAGGAUCUGCACCAAACCUUCCUCGGCGCUCCGCAGCAUGCCCAGCAGUCGGUCCGGGAGAAGUACAAGGGCCCCAAAUACUCGGAUGUCUCCCUCAUCGACGCUCCAUCUAAAUUGCUGCUCAACUAACUUCUAUUUUAUUUUUGCCCCCUCCCUUGUAAUGUAGAGUUUUGUACCCGUGUCAGACAUUAAGAUUUUUUUUUAAUUUUUUUUUUUAAAUGAUGUGUUUCACAAUUCAAAUGACAUGGCCUGCUCUUCUUGGAGUAGCGUUCGAUGUUUUGAGUUUUUACGGUAUUUUUAUAUACUCAAUCCUGACAUUCAUACCAGAUGCUUACAGUUGUGUUGGCUAAUCAAGCAGUUUUAAUUACAGACGCCGCCUCGUCUUCGCUCUACGGUGUCAAGAACUCCGAUAGACCCGCGAUGUACUUAAAAAAAACCUGCUUUCUUUUUUUUAAAGGUUAAGUUGAUGGCAGUUAUUGUUGCUGGUUCAUCUUGAGAGGUGCAACCUUUAGGGCCUCAUGGGACGCACAUUGAAGUACAUCUGUGUCUGUAAUGGAGUCGGUUGUCUAACUACAUUGUCUUGGAAGUAAACAGCUUUUUCGAGGCAUCAACUGCACUGUAAAAAUGGCUCUUGUAAAUAAAAUUCAUUUAAAGUAAGA